AUGUCAUAUUUUAGUAAACUAUUGCCAUUUCCACCAAAUAUUGAAAAAUAAGAAAUACCAAAUGAUGUCAAUGAAAUUAUUCAAACAUUAAUGACUAAGGAAGCUUCAUUGUAAUAAUGGGAAAGCAUAUCUGUAAUAUAAUAAUUUAAUAUUAUUUUAUCUAGUAUUCACUAUUCAACCAUAAAAGGUAUGAUGAUUUCUUAGAAUUAAUGAAAUAUCUAACUAAUAAUUUAAUUAAUCGAUUCAAUGAUGAUUAAAGCAAAAAAAUAAAAAUUAGAAUAUAUAAUUCAUUAUCUUUAUAUUAUUUGAUUUAAGCAACAAGAUAAGAUGGUUUUGAUAAAGCAUCAGAGUAUUUUGAUAAUGUUGUUAAAAACUUUAAUUUAUCAGAUCGUUAUGAUUUUGUCAGUCAUACAUUUAGUAUUAAAGGAUUGUUCUCAUUUUAUAAGGGAGAUAAAGAAUAAACAUUUAAUUAUUAUAGAACAUCAUUUGAUGAAACAAGUUCAGCAAGGUACUCACUUUUGUAAUUUAUUAUAGAGACACUCUUUCUGUAACUCCAUGUAUAGGUACUGCCUAGGCUUACUUUGCAGUUGGUAAUUACAAAGAUUCCUUAUAAUAUUUUAAAAGAGCCCUUAAACAUAAACCAAAUAUUGCAGGCAAAGCUAGAUUAGGAUUAGCAUAUUGUUAUUAUAAUCUAGAAUAAUAUUCAUUAGCUUAUUAUGCAUUUAAAAGAGUCUUAUAAUUAGUAAACUAUUCAUUAUUAUAUAUAGGAACCUAAAAAUGUCGAAGCUCAUAUUGGAUUGGCAGUACUUGCAUUUGAUAAAGGAGAUCAUGAUGAAUACUUUAAUAGAUUAUGCAAAGCCUUUACAAUUAAUCAAAAUCAUCCUAUUACACUCUAUCAUUUGAGUGAGCAUUAUCUAUUUAAAUUAGAUUAUUAAAGAGUAUUUUCAAAUUCUAAUCCUAGGCUAUGAUUUGCAUCUAAAAUGGAUUAAAAGCUUUAGACAAUGUUUCAAGAUUUUAAUUCAAAGAGAAAACUUAAGAAGAUUAAUUCAGAAAUGAUUGGUCGUUAUUAAAAUGUAGAUAUCUAUAUUUAAUUGGUUUAAUCAAAUAAAUUGAGGGUGAGUAUGAAUAAUCACUAAAAUAUUAUAAUCAAGCCAAAUAAUACAAUAGAAAUAAUGUUCUUGUUCUAUUAGGAUUAUCAUAAUUAUACUUGAAUCCAUAAUCUUAAAAUUAUACUGAAUCAUAUAAAUUAGCAGAAAAAAUUGCAAAACAAUAUGAGAAUACAGAUUUUAUUUGGGAACUUUAUAAAUAAUUAGCUUAUAUCUAAUCUAAAAAUUUAUAAAUCCGAAAACCAGUUAUUGAAACAUAUAGAAAAGCAUUACAAUACAACAACAAAGAUUUUGAAACUUUAAUUGAGUUUGCCUAAUAAAUAGAAAACGAAGAUGCCUCAAUUUACUAUUAAACUGCAGAAGACUUACUUUUAUCUAAAUUUAAUAAUCAAAAGUACACUAUGAUUUUACAAAAGAUAACAGAAUAGAUAAUAUUUCCAGAAUUAUACAUUAAUAUGGGAGUUCAUUUAGCAAAUACUGAUUUAUAAAAAGCAUUAAAAAGUUACGAAAAAUGUUAAUAAUUAAUUGAAGAAUUUUAAAUACCUGAUUAUGUUGUAGAUACUACAGAAGAAGCAUCAAAAUAAGAAGUUUAACUAAAAAAAAAUAUGUAUCAAAUUGUGCUUUCUUUUAACAAGGGAAUAUUGAUGGAAUAAUUAGGAGAUUAUGUUACAGCUAUAGAAUUGCAUGAAUAAUGUAUAAAAAUAAAUCCUUAUUUUAUUGACAGUUAUGUAAGAUUGAGUUAUUUGUAAUUUCAACUUGGAGAUUAUAAAGAUGCUUUGAGAACCAUUUCAGACUCUAAAAUAUAUUAUGAAUAAUAUGUUAAUCAUAACAGAAAUUAUAAAGGAUAGAAUCCUGUUCCUAUGAUACAUGGUUAUAUUGCUUAUCAAUUAUAAGAUUAAGGAGGAGCAGUUGAUUAAUUUAAAAGAUAUGGAGAAGAUUGUUAUUCAAAAAUCUUUUUAAUGGCUCAUGAUUAUUAAUUGGCAGCAGAUAAAACUAAGAAUGAUGAUUAAUUGUUCAAAAAAAAAGUUCUUAGAUAAAUUGCUAGUACAGGUAUGAAAUUACUAUAACAUGAACCAAAAAAUCUAUAAGCUGCUAUUACAUUAAUAUUAGUAAUUGCUGAAUUAGGAAAAUAUUCAGAAGCUCUUAAUUUAUUAGGUGAUCUUUAAGAAUAUGCUAAUCAAUAACCAAGAAUUCUUAGUAAUUUAGCUAUUUUAGAUUGUUUAGUUAUGCCUAAUAAUAAUUAAUCAGCUAAAACAUAUUUUAAAAAAUAUUAUGAAAAAACUAAUUAUAAACCAGAUGAUCAUACUGAUCUUGCUGUUGCAAAAAUGUAUUUGAAUAACAAAAAAUAUAAAGAUAGUGCUAAUAUCAUUAAAAGAUAAAUUCUUAAUAAUCCAGGUGAUUUGAAACAUAGACUUAAUCUUAAUAUGAUUAUACAUCAAUUUUGUUAUGAAAUACAAGAAGAGAAAUCUUCUUAUGGACUUUUAAAAACUGCAGUUACUUAUUUUUAAUGUCUACUUAAAAGUUAUGAAUAUAUGGCAUUGGGAAUCUGUUGGUAAAAUAGAGAAUAAUAACAUGAAACUGAACAUAGACAUAUAAUUAGAUAAAAUCAUUAAUUAAUGAGAUAGAAGAGUGAAGAUAAAUUUAAUUUUAUUCAUAGUUUUUAAACUAAUUUUGAUAAAUUAUUAAAAGAAGCAGAACUAAAAGAAAAAUUAAAAGAAGAAGAAUUAUUAGUAUUAGAAAAAUAAAGAAGGGAAAAACUAGAAUAGGUUGUAACAUAAUAAAAUUUGAAACAAGAAUAAAUAGAUUCUACAUAAAUGGAAAAGUUGGCAAAAAUUGCUGCAGAUUUGCUUAAUAAUUUGAAUAUGGAUUAAGAAAUAGAUACCUAAAAAUAAGGGAAAUAAGGUAAGUUAAGUAAAAAAGAGAAAAAGAGAAGAUAAAAAGAAUAAGCAAAGGCAAAAAAAGAAGAUGAUGAAUUUAUUAAUGAAUCUGAAGAUGAAGAUUACAAUUCAUAAUAAGCAGAAAUGGAUGAAUAAUUUGCAAAAGAAGAAAUGGGGGAUGAUUCAGAAGAAUAAUUUAAUGAAUAAGAAGCUUAUGAAAAGAAAACUCAAAACAAAUAAUAAAAGAAAAAAAAAAAGAUUAAAUAAAAAGAAGUUAAAUAAAAGUCUAGAUUAUAAGUAAAAAUUAUCUUAAUAUUUAUUUAGAAGUAAGUUGAUUCAAGUGAUGCCGAAGAUGUUUAUGAAUCAUAGGACGACUCUAAAAAAUAUGAAGAUUUAUUUUGA